CAAAAAUGAAAUUUACGAUAGUAGCUUUGUUCGCCAUUUUGGCCUACGUCCAUGCUGGUGUAAUCGUAGCCCCGUCGGCUCAGGUAAUCCAGGGCCCCAGCACCAGAACCACAGUCGUAGGUCCAGACGGUAGCGUAAUCGUCGCCAACCAGCCUGGUGGCCAAAUUGUCACCGACGGCGUAUCCUCCGUUGUCUCUCAAGACGCCCCUGCCGCCGCCGUUUCCGGUGCUGUCGAAGGAAUCGUCGAACAAACCGUGCCCCUAGCCCAACCGGUCGUACCGGUGGCUGUGGCCGAACCAGUUGCAGCCGUGGCCGAUCCUCUUGUGUCCGUUGCUCAACCCGUCGUUCCUGUGGCCGAGCCCGUGGUUGCUGAAGCCGUGGUUCCCGAAGCUGUUGUUGAAGUUAACUAAUAAAUUAUUUAUUGAUCGAUUUUGGACUUUCCUUGACUGGACUUUGAUACAGAUGUUAUUGUAAUACAGCAAAAUUAUGAUGUA